CAGCUGGGGCUGUCACUCAGAGGAGCCCGGGGCAUCCGCGGCUCCACCACUGCUCGGCUCUGUCCUGCGCCCCCAUGGCCCCCCCCAUGGCCUGGCUCCUGCUCGGCCUGCUCUGCGUCCUGCAGCCCCCCGGGGCUCACGGCGACCAUCACCACAGCGACGUGGAACCUCACCAGCAGGCCCAGGGGCAGCCGCAUCACCACGACGACCCUAGCCCCGGCCACCAUCGCCACGGUGACGUGGAACCCCCCCAGCAGGCCCAGGGGCUGCUGCAUCACCACGACGACCCUAGCCCCGGCCACCAUCGCCACGGUGACGUGGAACCCCCCCAGCAGGCCCAGGGGCUGCCGCAUCGACCUGAUGACCCUGGCCCCAGCGACGGGGAGCCCCAGGGGCACCCACAUCACCACGGCGAGGAGGAGCAGCCCCAUGGUCGCCACGGCGACAUGGCGCUCCCCCAGCAGGCCGAGGGGCAGCCGCCUCCCAAGGCCCCUGGCCACCACCAUCGCCACGGCGACAUAGAGCCCCAGGGGCAGCCCCAUUUCCACAGCGACGGCCACCAUCACCACGGCGAUGAGGAGAAGCAGCCCCAUGAGGCAGAAGAUGCCCCCGGGCCCCGUCGCCACGCCGACGAGGAAGAAGAUGCCCCCAGGCGCCAUCGCCAUGCCGACGAGGAAGAAGAUGCCCCCAGGCGCCAUCGCCAUGAUGCUGAGGAGGAUGAGGACGAGGCCCGUGGGCGCCCCCAGCCCGAGGAGGAGGAAGACGAGGAUGGCCGUCCCGGGCAGAGCGAGGAGUCGGACGAGUCUGAGGAGGAAGGGGACGAGUCCGAGGAGGAAGGGGACGAGUCAGAGGAGAGGGUCCUGAGAAAGCCCCACAGGGAGGAGGAGAGACGGGGCAGGGCGCGCCAGGGGGAGGAAGAUGAUGAGGGGGAGGAAGAUGAAGAGGAGGAGGAGGAGGAAGAGGAUGGCUACCAGCCGGGCUCCGUGUGCCAAUACUGCGCCUUCUGCAAG